ACGCGCGGGCGAGGGGGAGGGGGUGUUUUGGUUCUAGUCGCUCGCCGUCCUUUCCAGACUAGGUCGUCGGAAAGCUUCUGGUUCCGGCUUCCCCUUCCCGUUCCCUUUCCCGGCCCCGAUCCUCCCCCUCCUUCCCUUCAGUCCGCCUGCCUUGUUAACCGCUGCUGCCCCGGGUUCAGGGCCAUUUUCCGGGCCGGACGCACUGAGCUGCGCGGCCCCGGGGCCCAGUAUAUGACCCGCCGUCCUGUUACUCCUCGCUUCCUACGCCCCAUGCGGCUGCGGGACCGCGGCGGCGCUGCCCACUAUGGCCCGGAAAGCAGUUAGCAGGAAGCGGAAAGCGCCUGCCUCGCCGGGAGCUGGGAGCGACGCUCAGAGUCCGCAGUUUGGCUGGGACCACUCGCUUCACAAAAGGAAAAGACUGCCGCCAGUGAAGAGAUCCUUGGUGUGCUACCUGAAGAACCGGGAAGUCAGGCUACAGAAUGGAACCAAUUACUCGCGAGUGUUGUAUGGGUAUGCAGCCCAGCAACUUCCCAGUCUCCUGAAGGAGAGAGAGUUUCACCUUGGGACCCUUAAUAAAGUGUUUGCGUCUCAGUGGUUGAAUCAUAGGCAAGUGGUGUGCGGCACAAAAUGCAACACGCUGUUUGUAGUGGAUGUCCAAACAAGCCAGAUCACCAAGAUCCCCAUUCUGAAAGACCGGGAGCCUGGAGUCAUGACCCAGCAGGGCUGUGGUAUUCAUGCCAUUGAACUGAAUCCCUCUAGAACACUGUUAGCCACGGGCGGAGACAACCCCAACAGUCUUGCCAUCUACCGACUGCCCACUCUGGAUCCUGUGUGUGUGGGAGAUGAUGGACACAAGGACUGGAUCUUUUCCAUUGCCUGGAUCAGUGACACUAUGGCAGUGUCUGGCUCACGUGAUGGUUCUAUGGGACUCUGGGAGGUGACAGAUGAUGUGUUGACCAAAAGUGAUGCAAGGCACAACGUGUCACAGGUCCCUGUAUAUUCCCACAUCACUCACAAGGCCUUAAAGGACAUCCCCAAGGAGGACACAAACCCUGACAACUGCAAGGUCCGGGCUCUGGCCUUCAAUGACAAGAACAAGGAAUUGGGAGCAGUAUCUCUGGAUGGCUACUUUCAUCUCUGGAAGGCUGAAAAUACACUAUCUAAGCUGCUCUCCACCAAACUGCCAUAUUGCCGUGAGAAUGUGUGUCUAGCCUAUGGGAGUGAAUGGUCAGUGUAUGCAGUGGGCUCCCAAGCCCAUGUCUCUUUCUUGGAUCCACGGCAGCCAUCAUACAACGUCAAGUCUGUCUGUUCCAGGGAGCGAGGCAGUGGGAUCCGGUCAGUGAGCUUCUACGAGCACAUCAUCACUGUGGGCACAGGGCAGGGCUCCCUGUUGUUCUAUGAUAUCCGAGCUCAGAGAUUCCUGGAAGAGAGGCUCUCGGCUUGUUACGGGUCCAAGCCCAGACUGGCGGGGGAGAAUCUGAAGCUAACCACUGGCAAAGGCUGGCUGAAUCACGAUGAAACCUGGAGGAAUUACUUUUCGGACAUUGAUUUCUUCCCCAAUGCUGUGUACACCCACUGCUACGACUCGUCCGGCACGAAACUCUUUGUGGCAGGAGGUCCCCUCCCUUCAGGGCUCCACGGAAACUAUGCUGGGCUCUGGAGCUGAUGAUCAGUGACAGCUGGCUCUCCCAGAAUGCAGAUUUACACUGACUUCCACCCGCAGUUUCCUGGUUUCUUCUUUUGAACCCCCCCCCCCCAACUGUGUGAGGUCUCAUAUUUUAGUGAGAACACCAGGGUUUGUCCAUAGUUUAGGCACUCAAUAGGAAGAAGCUCUGUACAGAAAGCUGAAGGGCUUUUUAUUUUUAUUUUUUCUUUUUCCCUUUAGGUAAUCAGAAUUGUACCCUUUUUUUCUUUCUGGCUUCUCAGCCAAACGUUGCUGAUCCCCAGUUAGAUGUUUUCGUUAAGUGACACACUCUCCCCUCUCUUGCUUCUUUAGGCAGAAAUGACACAGUCCUUCUCACCCUUACUUCACUCUUGAGAGGUAGGGCUCCUUUAUAAUUAUGUGGUUGCUGUCAGACUUUCUGUGAAAGUUUGAGAGCCGUGUGGGAGUGUGUGUGUGCGUGCGUGUGUGUGUGAGAGAGAGCAGGAGAGAGAGAGAGCGAACUUGCAUGCAUGUAGGUACUGUGUGUCACUGAAGUUAUCUGGAGUGAGGAUUCCUUGUAAUUAAAAUAUUUAUAAAAGAAACAACUUUAUUCACCAAGUCCAGCUUUGGGGCUAGUCUGUAUCUUGUGUGUUAAAGUCUAACACUGAAUAUAGGAAGGAAAACACAUCACCACUGGGAAAAUCCUUGAGCGAGAGCACAGCCUUCCUGGGGCCUCCCCUGCCGGGACUCCCGAGCGAUCCAACCCUACCUGUGUCCUCCGGGUGAGGACACCUCUGGGGCUGUCACUUCCACUUCCCAGCUUCCCCUCCACUCAGCCGGUGGCCACUCCUCUGAAACCUGAGUCUGCAUCCAGAGGCAGCUCUGCACACUGCAGGGCGUCACAGGACUUGGUGAAGAGUUUGCAUCCCAGCCUCCCUCUCCCUUCCUGCCCUCCAGCAAGACCUGGCCCGUGCGUCCUGGGCUGGGGCUAGGGGCCUCCAGUCUGUCACGAUUCACAUAGCUCCCUUGGCUUGGAAGACUUCUCUGCCAUUCUUCCAGUCUCCCCAAUGGAUUCUGCUGUUGCUUCCUAAACUGGGUUCAAUCCAGGAGGGUGAGGGUGCGCAGGGGGUUUAUCCAUGUAUAGUGAGUGUGUCAUGCGUGGAAUAUUCAUUUCCUCAAUGCAGUGAAGCUUGGGGUUGAAGCUCUCCCUCCUCUGUGUGGGCUCGGCCCUAGGUCAGUGAGGGGGUGGCCUGCAGCCAGUAACAUUGUGCAUGUAAAAGCCUCGACGUGAUUAGUACUUGUCUGUUCCUCCCUUGAAACUGUCUGUUUUGUCUGAGGUUUUAAACUUGCGGGCAACUGACUCACCGUGAGGUCCAGUUGCUCCCUGUUUUUUUAUGCAUCAUGUGGAAGAUAACAGCUGUCCCCACCCACAGAUUGCUCCUCUAAGCACAUACUCUGCUUCUCUCAGCAUCUCCUGGGGAAAGGAAAAGUCGCUUACUACCGUACCCCAGAGUGUUUGCUGCUUUCCCAGAUAUCCCUCCUCCCUGGGUAUAAGUAGGGAGGCUCAUCAUGGAACAGGGCAGUGGGGAGAGGAGACAGCAGGUUCCCCAGAGGGGUUGGCAUACAGCACGCCCCACAGGUUCUGGAAUUCUCAUCUUCUAACCUAGAGAAAUAGGUGCUAUAAACAGGGAAUUAAGCAAAAUGCUGGAUGCUAUAAACCUUUUAAUUGUCUUAAUUUUUUUUUUCUAUUAUUAAACUACAGGCUGUAGAUUUCUUAGUUCUCACAGAACUUCUAUCGUUUUAAACUGACUUGUAUAUUUAAAAAAAAAAAAAUCUCAAGUAGGAUGUUUUGUACUGUUUGCCAAGACCCUCUUCUGUGAUGGGUAAUGAGUUUGAUUGUUUGAGAUUUUCUGUUUUUAAAAAUGUAGCACUUGACUUUUUGCCAAGGAAAAAAAUAAAUAUUACUCCA